AUGUGGAAGCCACAGUUGCAUAACGUUGAUAUUGACCCCGUCACGAGGGCAGCCGGGGCGGCUCUAUUGUGCAGUAUCCUGUCGCAGCGCCUGUCGUCGCGCCAGACCGAACUUGGUUCCGAGAUAGUGGCAUGGUACGUGCUGCCCGUCGCCUUCAGCUUCGCGCGACGGCCACCCGUCAACAAACUGCCGCGGACUGUCACCUUCAGCAUUCCCGAGACCCGACCUGCAUCUGCGGCUUCAUUAUGGGUAGUUGCUUUGAGCGUUGCGACGUUUUGUUUGUUCAAGGCAGAGAAUGGCAUGGUUGAGUUCUUUCCGGCACUGACUCCGUUACUUCUGGUAGCUCAGAACUAUCGUGGGCCAGAACUCUGUAUCUCAGCAAGGACUGAUGCGUCGCUGUUCUCACCUUUUGCAAACACCGUCUGGGGUAAUGCCUUGGUCGCCACCUUUACCAUUAUCACUCUGUUCGAUCGCGACACUCUAGGAUGUGUUUUGUCAGCUGUUCCCGUUGCUGCUUUGCUAAUCGCCUAUAUCACACUCACUCCCAGGGCCGGUAGGGGCUCGCGCUAUGUGCCGCCUUUUGAUAACGAGAUCGGCAUCCUGCCUCUCUCAGCGCGCGUUGUCAUUAUCUUGGUCAUUUCACUGGGCGUUGAGGUCAUCGUAUUCGGCUUCCCUACUGGACUGAGCAUAGCCACAUUGCCCGUGGGCUUGGCAAAAGCUUCGUCAUGGUAUUUCAUGAUCGAAACAGCUCGCCAGUCAUCGUGGAACGCCACCACUGCCAUAGGAACGUUCAGCAUCACGUCCACUCGCAAUCCCUUCAUGCAACCUUCGGGUGUUCGGGCCUUGUCGCAUGUCAUUGCAUCUUUGGUAGCCCUCGGCCAGGUUAUCAACAUACUUCCAAAGCAUGCAAGAGCCAGGUCAAUACUAUGGGCCUUCUCCGUCAUCACACUGAUCCCAUUGAUUGCCAAUGACCUGGCUAUCAGAACUUCCCAGUCCUCACUGAUUGAAUCUCACGAGCAUCCAGUAGCCGUCCUUAUUCAGAACGCCAAGUCUGAAUUUGACGUCAUGCUUCAGAAGCAGUCCACGACCUACGCAGCCGCCCAUGACGAAUACCAACGUCGGUACGGCGUGAACCCCCCGCUGGGCUUCGAAGCCUGGUAUGAGUUUGCAAAAUUGCAUCAGUCGCCCAUCGUUGAUGAAUUCGACACCGUAUAUACGAGCAUUUCCCCUUUCUGGAGACUGAGUGGUCAAGAGUUCCGCCGCCUAAUGGGCAAUGUACAGCACGAACCGGGUAGCGAAGUGUGGUCCUGUGCAUUUUCUGGAGGAAGUUCCAAGACUCUUUGCGAUCAUUCGAUUCGCACUUUCGACAGGAAUGUUCGGCGUUCGUUGGACAUGCUCCUGGCGGACGUCGGAGGUGUUCUUCCCGAUGUCAAAUUUCUUGUCAAUCACCUCGAUGAACCAAGGGUCCUGAUCCCUCCACCGCCGCUGGAAAUUCAUCCUCACAAUGAUCACUUUAAUCUGACCGACCUAUCAAGACAACCUGCUUGGGGUACUCUUACAAAGUUCUGCUCAUCUCGGGGAAGCAGAAAAAGUGGUCAGAUUACCAAAACAGCGGCAACAUUGGGUCUCCCUUUCGUCACCGACACCCGUUCGGUCAUGGACCUGUGCCAACAUCCCGAAUAUAGCGGCAUGCAUGGUUUCGCUAUGAGCCCUACGUCCUUGCGCCUGUUUGAGGGCAUGGCCCCAAUAUUUGCGACUGGCUCGCCUUCGACCAUGGGCGACAUAUUGUACCCCAGCCCUGCCUAUUCCGAGCCGGAGUUUCAAUAUGACGGUGCCCGUGACCUUGCAUGGGACAAAAAGCGGAACAAUCUUUAUUGGGCGGGCUCUACCACUGGUGGCUUCGCCUUGGACGACAAAUGGCAGCACUACCACCGCCAAAGGUUUGUCCAGUUGGCACAGAACCUAGAGAAGCGACAACAUCAAUACCUACGAGAGAGCGAUGGGGUGGUAAGCCUCGUGAAAUCAUCAUUCUUCAACAGCAGAUUGUACGAUGUUGCUUUUACGAGGAUCUUCCAGUGCAAGAGGAGAUACUGCAGAGAUCAACGCGCUUACUUCAACGCCAAGUCAUGGGCAGGCAAAGAUGAUGCGUUCCAAUCACGACUCGUCUUCGACAUUGACGGGAACGGCAUCAGCGGCCGCUACUACAAGCUACUAGCCUCGACGUCUGUCCCAUUGAAACAGACGCUUCUGCGAGAGUGGCAUGACGAUCGGCUCAUACCCUGGGUUCAUUACAUACCCGUCAGCCAAAGCAUGGAAGAGCUUCCAGAGCUGGUCACUUAUCUUACGUCCACCAAAGCCGGGCAGAAAAGCGCUAGAGAGAUUGCGAACCAGGGCCGGGACUGGUAUUCCAAGGCCUUCCGCGACGUCGACCGGACCAUUUACGUCUAUCGUCUACUGUUAGAGAUGGCGAGACUCCAAGACCCGGAAAGGCCAGCAUGGCGAGUCGACGAUGAUUCAGGUGUAUGA